ACAGAUCGCCGCGUUGCGUCGUGUAACGGUCAGUAGUAAUUGUGACAAGUGUCGUUUGAAUCGCGUGUCCUCACAAGACGGCGACAGUUCUUUAUCAUUAUAAUGAUGUUGUAUCGUGUAUUUACAGAGAAGAUUCAUUGAGAUGUCUAUCGAAUUGGUUGAUGCUCCAUCCAGCACAGCUAAAGUAUUACGUAUGACCUCACAAGAAUCAGAAUUUGAUGAUGCUUUGGGAGUACCUGAUUCAUUAGAAAUAACAAUCAAUGAAAAUGGAGAGACAAUACAAGUUUGUGAGGAAGAAAUAGAACAUGUAGAUAAUAGAGAAACUCUUGGUGUAAUACCAUUUACUGUUAUACACAACCCACCAAAAAAAUCUAAGUAUCAAAACCAUAACGUGUUCAUCCCUGGUGAAGAAAUACAUGUGAGAAUCAUAGAUAAUGAACAUAGUGUGACCACACAUCCAGUGAGCCCCAAUUUAUACACGAUAGAAUUUAGACAUGGACCUUUUGUCUGGACUAUUAGAAAGCGAUACAAACAUAUUCAGUAUUUACAUAAUCAAUUGAAAAUAUAUUGUGCUAGUUUGAAUAUACCAUUCCCUACAAAGAGCCACAAAGAAAGGAGGAGGAGCAGUUUAAAAAAUCUUGGAACCUCUGGUAAGAGAAAGAGUAGACGAAAUGCUUUGCCAAGAUUUCCAAAUAAACCUGACAUUCUAGUGCCUUAUGAACGGUUAAAUUGCAGAAGAAAAGAACUGAAGGAUUAUUUGAGUAAUUUACUUAAUAUAGAAAUCUAUAGAUGUCAUCCUGAAACAAUUGAGUUUUUGGAUAUUUCUUACUUAUAUUUUGUGGCUGACUUAGGAAUGAGAAGAAAAGAGGGUACAAUUUUAAAGCGCACUGGUUCAGCUGCUAAAACAAGAUGCAGUUUCUGUGGCUUGUUUGAGUGUGGAUUUUGCAUCAAGUGUAAUUACGUCUGUAAUUCUCUGUGUGGCAAAUGGCAUGCUCGGCAUCUUAUCGUUAAAGAUACUUUUGUUGCUUAUCUCACUCCAAAAGAUAGCAGAAUAAAGUGCGUUAUCUUAAUGGAUAAUGGCUUUGGGAUUAGCUUGGUGUAUACUACAGGCUCGCGAAACGGCAUACAGAUUGCAAAUUUGAGUAGGCACAUAGUCAUCAAGUGUUGGACAAGACGAAAAGCUAAAGAAUGGAUAGAAUAUAUACAGGAAGUCAGUAACAAAGAAGGUAAGGAUUUUACGCAAACAAAUCCGCACAAUUCAUUUGCUCCGUAUCGUUCACCGAUACUGGGAAGUUGGUUCGUCGACGGGGCGGAUUACAUGUCCGCUUUCAUCAUGGUUCAGCUGCGUAUGACUGCAUCAUUGGAAGUUCAAUCUGGAGAUAACAUGACCUAUGAACAAGGGAAUGUUGAUGAUUUAAAACGCACAACGAAACUAUGGCUUGGCAAAGAUUAUACAAAUUUUAUCGUUAAGGACUUUAUCGAUCUUGAGAAGCCGUAUCAAGAUCUUGUAGAUCGAACUACCACUCCUAGGAUGUCAUGGCACGAUAUAGGCAUUUUGGUGCAAAAUGCUGCCGCUAUAGACGUGGCCAGGCACUUUAUACAACGUUGGAACGCUGUCAAGUUGGAAAAGGCGAAUUUAAAUAAGUGUUAUCCAUUGCCAAAAUCGUACAAGGACUGUAAAAGCUAUGCUCCAUUCAUCAAAGAAGCAAACCAGCAUAACGUCAAGUGUCAGGUGCUGCGAUCGGUGAGUUCUUGGUCGGCUGGUUUUCUUGAUCUGGAAACCGUGGAGCGAAGUAUACAGGAAGCCUAUAUCGAAGCCAUCAGUAAAGCAGAGCGAUAUAUAUACAUAGAGAAUCAGCUUUACAUAACGCUCGCUUCUAUGGAGAAAAGCGGCGUGAAAAAUCGAAUCGGUGAAACGUUGUUGAAGAGAAUUUUGCGAGCGCACAGGGAAGGCGCGGUGUUUCGGGUGUUUGUCGUGAUGCCUUUACUACCAGGUUUCGAAGGCGAGGUCGGAGGGCCGACUGGUACUGCGUUAAGAGCGAUAACGCAUUGGAAUUACGCUUCUAUAUCGAGGGGGAAGGAUUCUAUCCUGAAUCAAUUAAUAGAAGCCGGUAUAGAGGAUUCUAGCGAAUAUAAUGUGCCCAUAAUUAUGAAAGUGGUCUAAGUCAAAAUUAAAAAAAAAUGAGUUUAUCACUUAUUUCACACCCACAUUAUUUUAAACUAAAUUUAUUUAAUGUAAUUUUUACGAUAUCGUAAAAAAUGAACCUUUAGAUAGUGGUUGUAAUUUCAACGUUAUACGGAAUUCAUUUAGUGUUAAUUAUGAAAGUGGCUAAGUCAAAAAUUUAAAGAAAUUAUAUAAACAUAACUUGAAAAUGGCGUGUGGCCCUCUUCGACGCGUUUCUGAACUACAUAGUAAGCCGAUAAAAUAAAUGAUAACAAAAACGCCAAUUCAUUCCGGUUUAUGUCACAAUAUAAUUCAGUUGGGCUCUUCGGAACUAAUUAUUGGUGGCAAAUAAUUUAUAUAUUUUACCAUUAUGUCAACAGAUAGCGGUUUAGGUAAGUUAAUGACAACGUACUUAUUACGUGAAUAUAUUAAUUAUUAUUCGGAUAAUAUUAUUAUGAUGUGAUCUGCAGAUAUUAUACGACCACGUAAUACUUCCAAGAAAUGGAAAAGAAUAAGACAAUUAUCAUCUUCAGAUGAAUCAUACCAAGAUUUAACUGUAAAUUUAGAAACCCCAGAAAUGGUGUAGAUAGAAAAAGAUAAGAAAAGAAAAUGGGCAAGAAAUGAAGAUAGUUACGCACAAAAUAUCAGAAAAAUUAAGAGAAAUCAUGGCGAAGAAUACACAACAAAAAAAUCAAAAUUUGUGAGUGC